GGGGAGGGGCAGUUCUGUUUACUAUUAUUACUGUUCAGCUUGUUUUAAUUAAUAAACUCAGAGAUGUGCUCUUUUCACUUCCCAAUAUGUACCGUAUAUAAUAGUUAAAGUCACCUUUAUUUGUAGUGUGCUUUGUAGAAUGCAUAUUGUGUCAAAGCACUUUUACAAAGAUAACCAGUCAAAAUAGUAUAUUCAGCAUAUGCUCAGAAUACAUCAUAUUCCACAAAUAUUCUGUCCAACAGUUCUUAUUGUUAUUAAAGCAGACACAGAGGAUGGCUGAAGGUGUGAGGCGAAGGAGAAAGCUGAAGCCCGUGGAGGAGGCCAUACAGUUUUCACUUCAACAGAAAGACAAGAAUGGACUCGAGGGCAGGUUCAUCAGUCAUCUUAAAGGGAGGGGUGUGUUCAGCUGUACUGACUUUGAGAAAGGAGAUUUCCUGCUGGAAUACAGAGGAGACCUCAUCAGCAAGGAAGAAUGUGAGCGGAGGCAAAGAAUAUAUCACGAUGCACUUAAAGUUUUCAUGUUUGAGUUUCGCUACAAUGGAAAACUCCUCUGUGUCGAUGCAGCCCGAGAUGACGGUUCUCUUGGGCGGCUUGUAAACGAUGACCAUAUUAACCCAAACAGCAGGAUGAAGACGAUUCGUGUGGAUGGAAAACCUCACUUAUGUUUAUUUGCCACAAGGAGCAUCUGUCCUGGUGAAGAGAUCACAUAUGAUUAUGGUGAUUCUGAGUGGCCAUGGAGAUGCACGACUCUUAGUGUGGUUGAACCGUCCACUCUUGAAGUCAACACUCUGUCCCAGUCAGAAGACACAGACGUAGAGAAGACUCUUAGUGUGGUUGAACCGUCCACUCUUGAAGUCAACACACUGUCCGAGUCAGAAGACACAGACGUAGAGAAGCUGAAAGUUGUCAAUGAUCAGUCAGUGUUGGACUCCAGUAUCUGUGCAGCCUCUGAAGGACUGGAAAAGGUGACUCUGAAGAAGGACCAGUUACUAUUGGAUGAUCAGGACUGUGUUGAGAAGAUGUCACCUGUCAAAGAGCAUGUGUGGAAUGAGGAGCAGAGCUUUUGUGCCCCAGUUGAAGGAGUUAAGGAGGUCUGCAGACAUGUUGUGGUCACUUCAGCAAUAUCAAGCAUGGAUAAAUGUGCUGAAUGUGUGGGACCUGUUGCAGCUCUCAAGUGGAUUGGCCUGAGAUGUAAAUUGUGCUCCAGUUUUUGGCAUAAGUCCUGCUAUCUGAAGCUUCAUGAAUGGGAUGGAAGACGGUCAUCGUGUAUGAGAUCAUCAUGACGGAUUCUGAUGACAGUGAUCCUGAAGAAAGUGAAUCUGAUGAUGAGGCUCUUGCUGGAGCUGCGGGAAACUCCAGAAAUGCUGGUGUUCAGAAGAUGCCCAUUGAGAGCACCACUGAACUUCCUGAAGAGAGUGAGAGUGAGGCAGAAACUGAAAACCCACGGAGAGGGCAGAAGGUGUCCUGGUCAAACGCUGAAGUUACAGCUGUAAUGAAACAUUUUAAGGGCCACAUAGCUAAAGGAAAACUGGCCACACUGACUGAAUGCCAGCAGUGUAAAUCUGCUGAGGAUCCUGUUUUGGUGAGACGCAGUGCACAGAACAUAAGGGAUUUUGUAAGAAAUCGAGGAAUUAGCUUAAAAAGGAAAACCCAAAGCAAGUGAUGUUACAGUACAUUUUGUGUGUUCUUGAUGCCAUUCAAUUAACAUUAGAACUUUGGCUGUUGUUUUUAUUUCCCAUAGUGCAAUACUGUUAUGGCAGCAGUUCAUACAAAUAUCUCCUUGUAGAAAUCGAGGUUGACUGUUAGUUUGUCAAAAAUUACAAAAUUGUGUCAAUUUCUCAUUGAUUUUUGGAUGACCUGUCCCUUAAAGAGAAUUUAACUUCCAGAAUGAAAACUGUCAUCAUGUACUCACCCUCCACUUGAUCCGGACCUGCAUCAGUUUCUUUCUUCUGUUG